GUUGUCUAUAAUUUUGUACCGUAUGCAAUAUUGACAAAUCAUAUUCGGAAAUACUAAACUAUUAAUCUUGGUCAUUAUUAUAUACUUAUAUUCUACAUUAUUAUCAAUAUUCAUUUUUGAAAGCUGUCAACGUGCUUUUAGUUAAACGUGUUGUAAUAAUUAAAACGUAAGUUUAUAUUAAUAUUAAUUUGGUCUUUAUGUUUUUAAUUUUAUCAAAAUAAUUAUUGCCAUAAAAUAUUGAUUUAAUUUAGUUUUUGUUUGCACUAAAUAAUUUUCGCUUUCCAACUAGGCAUAAUGUCAACUCAAAUUGUAACCAGUGAAAGUAAUAAGGAAAACGUGUCAGAAAUUGAGGGAAAAAAAACACCUAUAUUCUCUGUGGAAAGUAUCCUUUUUUAAAUAAAUCAAAUUAUGUUUAUUGAUAUCAAACUAUUUUCAAUAAUAUAAAACGUAUGCUUGAAAAACAAAUAUAUUUUAUGCUGUAAUUUGUAUGUACCUGUUAAUUACUCAAUAAUGAAACAAUUUACAAACUGUAUUUAUACAAGGGGCUCUGCUUUCUGCCCGCCAACCCCUGUAACUCGUAAAAUAUACUAUAAUAUAAUAUGAAAGAUAUAAAUAAUGAUUUUAUAUAAUGAAGAAUCAACUUAAAUUGCAAUUAAUUUACAAAUAAAAACAUAUUAUUGAAUGUAUUUGUAUUAAAUGAACCUUUCUAAGGUCUAGAUGAGGUGUGGCCAAACAGUUUGUAAUCGCGAUCGACCGGUAGAUAGAUCACAGAUGAUUUAAAUUUUGUUAAAAUUUAUUCUUAUGUUAUUAGUAGAUAAAUAACAAUUGCUUAUCAUUUCUAUCUUAAUAUAUUAUCUUUAUUUUGUUUUAAAUUUAUCAAGUAAUACAAUUCAAUAGACUAUUCUAGCAAUGGUAUUUACAAUAAUAUUAUAUUAGCCUUAAUAAUAGUGUAAUGAAAAAUUAGUUUUAUUAUUUUGUACGUGUAUGUGUAUUAUUAAUACCUAUUAGGUAAUUUAUAAUUAUACAUUUUUGUUAUGAAGUUGAUUAUCAAAGGAAAAAUAUAUACUUAGUAGAUCUCUACCAAAAAAAGUUUGGCCACCUCUGGUUUGAUAUAUGUCUAAAAAUAUAGUAUAAAUAUAUCUACUAAAAAUAUUGUGCUUUCUUUUAAAUAAAUUGUAUAUUAUACCUAGUUUUUAAAAAUAUAUCUGUGGUACUAAUAGAUCAUACACUUAAUGCAAAUAAAUAUUUAAAUUUAAACUUUCUUUAACAAUAUUUGAAUAGUAUUAAAGAUUAUUAAAGAAGCCCAACAACAGCACGGUUUAAGACACAAUGACUAUCAAAGAUACAGGUAAAUCUCAAAUAGUAACUUUUUAUUUUUUUCUUAGUAACUUCGGUAUUUAAGACCAUAUUGUCUAGCAUAUUUGCCUUCAUCUUUCUCUGUCUAAUUAUAAUUUCUUCCAAUCCUCAGACUUUACUUUUUAAACUUCCAACUUCUUGUUAUAUAUAUUUAUUUACUUUUAAUUUUUAGAGGUUAUUGUACCAGGCGUAUUAGACGUUUGCGAAAAGUUAUGCACUUGCAACAAGGUGAUCGAAGACAUUUCCGUAAGAAAACCAUUACAGAAGUACAUCUUACAGAUGAAAGGUAAAAUUAAUAAUAUAUUUCUACUAUACUGUAAUGUAUUAAUUAUUUAAUUAUUUUGUAACAUUUAGAGCCAUUUAUAUUCCAUUGAUGUUGGCUGAAAGAGCGUGGAGUUAUGCAAUGCAGCUUCGAGUUGAAGCCAAUACGGAACCCAGAAAAAAAUUUCAUUUGGUAUCCAGAUUGAGAAAAGCUGCAAGUUAUGCUUUACAACUUCAAAAGCUUUGUGAGGUAUUAUAUUUAUUAUUUUACUAAACUGAUCUGUUUUUCUAAAAUAAAUAUAUUUUAGUCUGACAAAUUUGAUGCACGUACUCAAUUGGAAACUCAAGCUUACGUAGCUUGGUGUGAAGGAAUGUUACAAUUUGAGUUACAAGAAUGGAAGCCAUCUAUAGAAAAUUUAAAAAAAGCUCAGUAAGUUAAACUUUUGAGUUUUUAUAUAAUGAAAAGAUAAUUAAUAAUCUGUGUAAUGAAGUGUUUAAAAUAUAAAAUUUAAAAAUAAAAUAUACCAUUACUAUACCCUAAUAUACCCUUUAAUUAAAAGAAAAAACUUGUUGGUUUUUACAAAUUUACAAGACAUUUUUGUUAGCACAACAUUAAAUUACUUUAUUCUAUAAAUUAUUUAUUAAAAACAAUUUGUCUUGUUUAGAAUGAUUUAUGAAAAAUUAGCAACUGCCCUAAAUGAGGAAGAUGCUAUUUUAUAUAGAAAUCGUUAUGAAGAAUUAGAGCCAAGCUUGCGUUUUUGUGCUUAUAAUAUUGGUAAUGAAACAGAUGUCAAUCAUUUAUUGCAUUUACGUAAUCAAGCACAAGGGGAUUUAUUAGUUACUUUGGACGUUAGUAUUUUAUUAGAAAAAUCAAAUUAAUAUUUUAAUAUGUAAAUAAUAAAUUGUUUAUCAAUUUAGACUUUGAUGGCCCAAACAAGAGACUCAUUGAGCGAAGUAACUUGGAGAAAUCGUACAGUGCCAGUAAAGAAUUCUCGUGUUCGGACUUUUUUGUUGGCUAAUCGAGAUUAUGAUAGUAUGUUGGAGAAAUGUACAACUUUAGCUGAAAAAAGUGCUUCAUUAGAACAACAUUUGAUGGAUUGCAAAGAUGCUAUGCUUGCAAUUAGAGAUGAUAUCAAAACUGAACAGGUUGUUUGAUUUUGUUUGUUUUUAUUAUUAGGCACUUAAAUUGGAGAAAUUCUAAUUUUUAUUUCAGAAAACUGACGGUUCUUUAACUUCUUCAACAUCUUCGUUCCAAUAUCUUCAUACUUAUUUGUCAUUUAUACGUUUGGAAAGAUCAAUUCAGCGUAAUUUAUUAUUAAUUGAAAGUGCAUUGCAAAAUGAUAGCAAACAAGGAAUGAUCGUAUGUUCAUAAUGAUAUUUUUGAUUUGAAAUUAUCAUUUAUUUUUUGUUAAUUUAACUUAGGGAAGUAAGAAACUUCAAGACGUUACCAGAUUGUAUGAGAUUUUGUUACAAAACAUUUCGGAAGAACAACAGUUGCCAGGUUUGGAAGAUGAUUCAGAGUUCCAAGAAAAUUUAAACAUCAAGGCCAAAGCAUAUAAAGCAUUUAGGUUAAUCAAUAAUAUUUCCAUAGUGUUUAUUAUUUCAAUUAUAUUACCAUAUUGUACUUAUUUUUUCUUUCUUUAGAUGCUAUUAUAUAGGUCAGAGUUUAAGUACUCUGCACCGUUGGAGAGAUACAAUGGCUAUGUAUGAGCGUGCAUUAUUCCAUGCAUCUUCUGCUAUUAAUCAAGUUAAUGAUGAUUUGAAAACACGUUUAAGUAACUUGGUAGACACUAUAGAGUCCUCUAAAUACCGUGCCCAUGCUCAAAGUGUUCUUGAACAAGACAACGAGGAAGAAUUGGAUAGUUUGAAGAAUGCUAAAUUACAAAAGGUAUUAUUAAUAAUAAAUUGCUUGUUUCUUGUUUAACGAACAUUUAAUUAAUAAAUAUAAUUUUAGUUGCCUUUAACAAAACGGUUGGAAGAGUAUUAUGAAGAUUCGAGUGUAUUAGGUAAAGAUCCAAAUAUUAUAAAAAUACCACCUGAAAUGGAAGAAAUACAAUGCAAGCCAUUAUUCUUUGAUGUUGCAUUAAACUUUGUAAAACUGCCUGCAUUUAAGAAACAACAACAACCUAUUUCUGAUCCAGUUAAUAAAGAGGGUAUUUCUGGAUUUGUGAAAGGUUUGUGGGGUUGGGGUGGAAAAAAGAAGUAAACAUAAUUAUAGGUACUUAUUUGUAUUCUUGAACUAUUUUAAAUAUUUUAAUAUGUAAUUACAUAUUGUACAUGGUUCAAAAUAUAUUUUUUAUGUUUUAAUACAACAUAAGAUAAAGUUAAAACAAAAAGAUUUAAACAUUAAUAUAUGUCUUCUAUUUUGUAUACAAUAUUCAACUAUUCCCGACUGUAGUCUCUUCAUUUAUUUUUAAUAAUAAUAAUAAAACAGAAUUGAUAAUGGUUUGUUAUAUAAUAAUUAUUUACAAAUUUAUAAUAAAGGUAGUGGCAUAUCAUGUUAAAGUAUAUAAUGUACUUGUAUUUGAUAAUUAGUUUAUAAGCGACAGUAAUAUUACAAGAUAAGUUAAAUUUAAUAUUUAUAAAUAAAAAUAAAUAAAUACAAAUUUUUGAUGUUAAUUUUUUUACCGUCUAACUAACAUGUCUGUCCACUUUUAUCUCGUCUUGCCGCAUGACUUCUGGCAUGCUUUCUCAAGUGAUCUUUUCUAUAAAAUGCUCGGCCGCAUUCUAUGCAAGCAUGACGUUUCUCACCUGUAUGUACUACUUUGUGAAGAGUUAGCUGUUCUUUGCGUUUAAACGCUUUGCCACAUAUUGUACAUGCGAAUGGUCUUUCGGAACUAUGGCUCUGUCUGUGUCUUGUCAAAUGAUCCUUACGUUUAAGCCCAGCACCACAAAUGUCGCAAACAAACCGUCGUUCUGUUGCAUGAGUACUAAGAUGUUCCUCCAACAAAUGCUUGUCCAAAUAUUCAGCUUGACAUUCUGGACAUCCGAACAUAGUUGUCCCAUCCGCACAAUUAGUAAUUCUUAUUUGACCAGGCUUUGGUUUGAACUGUGGAGAUGUUAAAGUUAAACGGUUAGUGGUGUUAGUUGGUUUUUCAGUCUUUUUCCUUUUCUUGGGUUUUGGUUCUUCCUUUUCUUUAAUGCCUUCUCCAGAAUAUUUUAAAAAAUGAUGCAAAGUGAGUGUUGCCGGUAAAUGAGAUAAGUAAUCUGCUACUGUUGAUCCGGGUGCAGCAAUGCUCUGCCACGAAGGCGGCAUUCCGCUUGGUUGAGUAACUUCACCUUCGUUUGAAUAAUGAGACCCGUUAUUGCCGUUUAAGUGUAUGCCACUCAUACCAGCAUAAUCCUGGUCCAUUUGAAGUGGACCAGAAGCAAAAUGAGUGCCUAUCAUAGCGAAAUCCAUUUGCUGGAGGAUAUCGCUUGAACGAAACGUUGAAGUCAUAUUAAAUUAUUGUUUCACAAAUAAUUUGCUUAAAAUAACAAAAAUGAAUAGUAUUAAUAUUAGCGUAAAAACUACACGACGCGUCGAAGAAGGUAAGAGCCGUCUAAAUCGCCCAGUGCGGUGAGUUACAAAGUAAAAUAUUAAAAACC